AUGGGGAGCCACAGCCUCCUCGCCGCCCUCCUGGCCGCUGCCCUCGCCGCCCUCCUGCCGCUUCCCGCCGCCCCCUCGGCCCACCGCAAGCUCCUGGUAUUCUUGCUCGACGGCUUUCGCUUCGACUACAUCGAUGACAGCGAGCUGGAGGGUCUGCCGGGCUUUCGGGACAUUGUGAACAUGGGGGUGAAGGUGGAUUACAUGACCCCAGACUUCCCCAGCCUCUCCUACCCAAAUUACUACACGUUGAUGACGGGUCGCCACUGUGAGAUCCAUCAGAUGACUGGAAACUACAUGUGGGACCAGAAGGCAAAUGUAUCUUUUGAUAUUGGUGUGAAUAAAGAAAGCCUGAUGCCUCUCUGGUGGAAUGGAUCUGAGCCUUUGUGGGUCACAAUGACGAAAGCUAAAAAGAACGUUUCCAUGUACUAUUGGCCAGGUUGUGAGGUCGAAAUCCUUGGAGUCAGACCAAGUUACUGCCGCGAAUACUUCAGUGUCCCAACAGACAAAAACUUUGCGGAUGCCAUCAGUGAUGCCCUCGAGACCUUGUGCAACGGCAGCGCUGAGAUGGCCGCAGUGUACUACGAGCGCAUUGAUGUGGAAGGCCACCACUACGGCCCUUUGUCCCAGCAGCGGAAGAACGCUUUGAAGGAGGUGGACAAAGCCUUGAGCAACAUGAUCUCACUCAUCAAGAGCAAAGGCCUUCAGAAUGAAGUUAAUGUCCUCCUCUUCUCCGACCAUGGGAUGACAGACAUCUCCUGGGCAGACAAAGUGAUUGAGCUGAACAAAUAUAUCAACAUGAGCGAUACUAUACAAAUGAAGGACCGAGGUCCUGUUGUGAGCCUCUGGCCAGCUCCAGAGAAGCAUGCAGAGAUAUAUCAAAAAUUGAAAGCCGUGGAACACAUGGAUGUUUAUAACAUACAGGAUAUUCCAAACAGGUUUUUCUACAAAAAAGGAAAAUUUGUGUCUCCACUAACCCUUGUGGCCGAGGAAGGAUGGUUCAUAGUAGAGAGCAGGGACAAGCUGCCCUUCUGGGAAAACGGGACAGGCAAGAAGGAGGCCUGGCAGAAUGGCUGGCAUGGCUACGACAAUGAGCUCAUGGACAUGAGAGGCUUCUUCCUCGCAUAUGGACCAGAUUUCCGAUCCAACUACCGAGCACCACCCAUCAGAUCCGUGGAUGUUUACAACAUCAUGUGCAGCCUGGCAGGAAUACAGCCACUGCCCAACAAUGGCUCCUGGUCCAGGGUGGAGUGCAUGCUCCGAAACACAGCUCCCUUGGCACCACUCCCCCCAUGCAGCAGCUGUGCCCUGGCACUAGUUGUGCUCUCCCUGUUUGCCAAGCAGAUCUCCUUACUGUGAUCCCUGAACAAUGUCAGUCAGUGUCACCAGCAACUCCAUUCUUCUCUGAUUUUUUUUUAAAGUUCUUCAUUUGAAUAAUAGCUUCAUUAAUAGAGUGCUGUCCCCCACUCCUCCAUUGUGCUCCACCAGGCGUGAAUCUGACCCAUCCUGCAUUUACAGCCGUUGUAACGUGAACAUGUUCCAAACAACAUGCUCCAAACACAGCCAGGGAAGUUGGUGUUGUUUCUCUAGAUUUACAGCUCUGGCAAUGAGAGCAGAAUCCUGGCUGGCUAUCCACAUUAUUUUCUGGCGGGUGCACGUGGGGAUCUCUGAGCAUCAAACACAUCUUACACAGCAUCUUUCUCUGAGGGGCUCACCCUGGCUCCUGGUACUGAGAAGCUCAGGAGUAGAGACUGACAUCUCUGCAUUUAACUGCGUUCUUCCUUCUUCACUCCUUCAUCUCCAGCUCCAUCACCAGCAGGGCCCCAUCGUCUUACAGUGCCAGCCAAGCCCUGUCUAUACUGACCCAUUCAAAGUGCCAAGAGCUUUGGUGAGUUACCAUAAUGCUAAGAGAGGUGGGCCAGCAGGAGAGCAGUGAGAGCAUCCUAUUUCUCAGCCUUUCCUUCUUCAUUCUCCCCAGUGUGAGUCCUGGCCGUGCAUAGAAUCAUAGAAUCAUAGAAUCAGCCGGGUUGGAAGGGACCUCCGAGAUCAUCAAGUCCAACCCUUGAUC